UUCUUGUCUUCUUUUGCUUAAUUCGGCUCGUUGCCAUAUUGACAGCCAUUGCUCCACUUGCAAUGGGGGACAAUAUGUCCUGCUCUACACAUUGUGCGCCGAACUGCAUAUCUCGCCAGCCUCCUGGAAACGAUGUUGUGGAGGACCCUCCAAGGAAGAAUGCAGGUCGGACAUAUCCUGUGGCGGAUCCUGUCGACCUUCAACUCAAUUGGCAAACAAUUGCCGUGCGGCAUGCCUGGCGGAAAGCUGCUGAGAUGGGUGAUGCAGGAAUAGGACCUCCACUUCCUGUGAAGGGUUUGCACGAAGAGGCAAGACCGGUUGAGCCCGCAGAGCAGCCUCAGAGCAAAGAGGAUGAAGCACAAUGCUUGUCUCAGCCUCCAGGCGAUGUCUUCAAAAUCUGAGACCUGAUUCUAGUCCGUCUCACCAAACGUUUAGCUGCUAGAAACAGAAUAUGCAUGCCCUGUGCGCUAGAAGCAUCAAUCUUGAACUGGGU